UUUGUCAGUGGAAAAUGGGAUCAAAUUUUAACUUUAUAAUGAUUAAAAAUUACCCAAAGCUAACCAAUUUAUUAUUAUCAUUAAUUAUUAUAAAAACUGAUCUUAGUUUAUCUGAAAAAUACAAUGUGCUAUUUAUAUGCGUCGAUGAUUUACGACAUCUAGCGGAAACAGAUGUUUUACUGCCAAAUAUGAUGAAAAUGGCGGCAAAAGGUAUAAAUUUCAAAAGUGCUUUUGCGCAGCAAGCACUUUGCGCUCCUAGUCGUAAUUCGAUUUUAACAGGACGAAGGCCAGAUUCGUUGCGUUUAUACGACUUCUAUAGUUAUUGGAGACAAACAAUAGGAAAUUUUACAACAUUUCCCCAGUUUUUCAAAGAAAAUGGCUACGAAACCUUUUCAGUGGGCAAAAUUUUCCAUCCUGGGUUAAGUUCUAAUUUUACUGAUGACUAUCCUUACAGUUGGUCUUUUCAACCGUAUCAUCCUCCGACUGAGAUAUACAAAGAUGCGCCUGUUUGUGAAGAUCCUCUUACCAAAAAACUUGAAAGUGAUUUAAUAUGCCCAGUUAUUAUAAAAGAACAACCUGGACAGACUUUACCCGAUUUACAAUCUCUGAAAUAUGCUUUAAAUAUAUUACGUCAGAAACACAACAAACCUUUUUUGUUAGCAGUUGGUUUCCAUAAACCGCACUUACCUUUGAAAUUCCCUAGGAAAUAUCUGGAUAAAGUUCCAAUGAGUGGAAUACGCCUUCCAGCGUUUCCGUUAAUGCCAGAAAACUUACCAUUAGUAGCAUGGCAUCCUUGGAGUGAUGUCCGCAAGAGAGACGACAUAAAUCAAUUAAACAUAUCAUUCCCUUUUGGUAACAUGCCUCCUGAGUGGAUAUUGAAAAUAAGACAGAGUUACUAUGCUGCAGCAGUUUAUAUUGAUAAUUUAAUUGGGCUACUAAUGAAACAAGUAAAUCUCAAUAACACUAUAGUUAUCCUUACAAGUGACCAUGGAUGGUCACUUGGCGAAAAUGGGCUGUGGGCAAAAUACAGCAAUUUCGAUGUUGCAUUGAAAGUACCAUUAUUAUUUUUAAUUCCAGGUUACCAACAAAGGUCAGUGUCGACACCUGUAGAACUACUGGACAUUUUCCCUACUUUAGCAGAUUUGACUGGUCUUUCGAAACACGAACCUAAAUGCGGUCAUAGAGUAAAUUAUUCGCUUUGUUUUGAAGGAGAAUCUUUAGUUCCUUUGAUGAAGUCUCAUACAACUUAUCAACGUAAUAAAAAUUAUGCCAUUAGCCAAUACCCAAGGCCUGGUGAAUAUCCAAAACCUAAUUCUGAUAAGCCACGUCUUAAAGAUAUAAAAAUAAUGGGAUAUAGUAUAAGAACAAAGAGAUACAGAUACACAGAAUGGAUAUCUUUUAAUAACACAAUGUUUACAAGAAAUUGGACGUCGAUACAUGGAUUAGAAUUAUAUGACCACCAUGUGGACCCGAACGAGGCGAAAAAUUGUUAUAUGAAAAAAAAAUAUAUACAUACUGUAGAGAAGCUGUCAAUGUUAUUAAGAACGUAUGUUAAUAAAUUUAAAUAGUUUCUGCAUGCAAGCAGACGGAAAGCGCAGGACCGUUGUGUAUGAAGGUCCCAAGAGGCCAGCCCAGUAGUGGAAGUCCAUCGGCGGAUGAUUACUUCUAGUUAAUCACACACGAAUUGGUUGUUUCAUGACUUUCUAUCAGAUUAUAUUUCGUGAUUUUUAGCUCGAUCUCCAUACAUCGAUCUUAAUCGCCUGUUGAGACACUGGUGUCGAUUCUGGCGAUUCUCUAAACCUAAACUUAAAUUUGACAACAGUGUAUCCUUGUUAUACUCUAUACAGAAUGAAAAGGAGAGACUGAUGUUAAAUUUAGUUUUAAGUUUAGAGAACCCUG